AUCCCUUCACAUUUCGUUACAAUUUGCAAAACAUUAGAAAAAUAUUCAUAAAUAGUUAUAAGCUAAUUAGGUUUCUUCUUAGUGUUAAACCAUCAAUAUCCAAUUGAAAAUCCUUUCAGUGAAGAGAAUAGGUAAAUAUGGUUAACAAGCAAUUAAGACCAGCAGCAUCCUGCUUGUUGUUCCUUAACUUCUGCAUGUAUAUAGUUGUGUUGGCCAUAAGUGGUUGGGCUAUGAAUAAGAUCAUCAACCACGGAAACGUUAGCGGGCGAGACAAUGCGGCAACUUUAUACUUCAUACUAUUUUCGCUAAUAUCGGGAACAGUUGGGGCAGUGUCAUGCUCGUUCGGGCUAAACCAUGUAUCCGAAUGGGGUCCUGAAAGUUUGCCUGCCGCUGCUGCAGCAGCAACUGUCGCUUGGAGUCUUACUAUCCUUGCCUUAGGGUUUGCUUGCAAACACAUUAAGCUCGAGACAAAUGAUCAACAACUGAAAACGCUUGAGGCUUUCAUCAUAAUCCUAAGUGCAACAAUGGGUAUGUACAUCGGAAGCAUUCAUGGAGCAAUGAAAAGAGCCAAUUAGGGGAUGCUCAUCAAACAUUCCUAUUAAUUUGAUUCGUAUACCUUUUUCUAUAUGUGAGUGUGGAGAAUGAGGGCGGCUUUUGUCUUAAUUGGAGAUACCGCUUUUUAAAAAUAAUUUAGAAUUCAAUUCUCACAUAGUUCACCUCUUAUCUCUAUUUUUCAUGAUAAUUUAAAAAUAUAUUGGUGUGUGUAUGUAACAUUUGCUUCCAUUCUUCAUAUUUGUAGUGCGCAAAAAAAAAAAUAAAUAAUAAUGUAAAACAUAAUUAGAUGAUUCCA